UUAUUUAUAUAUAUAUAUAUAUAUUAAAUAAAAAUAAAUUAUAUUUUUAUAAAUUAUUAAAAUUAAAAAUGGCUGUCAAAUGGAUCUUAUUACUGUUAAUCUGGUUUGUUUACGCUUCCGCUCAAGAUGACGACUCGUUAGCUGGAAGUUUUUUGUCAGGGUUGCUAGAUUCACUAGCAGAUACGGCUAAUAGCGCGGAUUGUCCAGGAGUUUGUGUCCACGCUUUAGCGACGUUAAUAUGUGACAAAGUUCUUGACGAGGUCCAGUGUCCAACUUCUAGCAUGAGAUGUUGCGUGAACGAGCCAGCUAAUGGAACGGAUGGUUCCGUGUCUGAGAACGAUAUUGAGGGAAUCGGAAUGACCAGCACCACCUUCAAGGAAAUACCGCCGACGACGACUACCACCACCACUACCACCACACCUGUACCGACUACGGCUUCAACUACGACGCUUACUCCAAUAACGUCGAUAACGACAGUGUCUACCACUCAAUCGAAUGGCCAUAAAAAUGCCAGUGACAAGACAGUUCCUAAAUGUUCUGGUGUUUGCAUCGAAGCCAGGAUUGCUAACUACUGCGAAGCGAUAGUGAACAUCGACAGUCUCUGUAAACCUGAACACCGCUGCUGCGUUUCCCGUGACUCCUUCGGCAACAAUCCUCCUCCAGAGUUUUACGUUAUUGAUAGAUCUAAAACAGCUAAAAAUACCACCCAGACCUCAGCCCGUCCAGAAGAAAAAUACGCUGAAAAAUCUACGAGUACUUCAACUCCAGCGACUCAAUACACAACCACAGCAAGACCCAAGCCAGCUCCAAGGAAACCUUGCAGAGGAGAGUGUGUCAACGGAUUAUUCGCUUUGUUCUGCGAGAACCACGAUCACGAGGCUGAAUGUCCCUCUGACGGGACUUGCUGCAUCACUGAUGCUCCAGCAAAGGUAGAAGUACAAACCACAACUACUCCAAGACCUACAACGAGACCUCCUCAGCCAAAGUUACCUCCUUGCCGCGGAUUUUGUUUGCUGACAAUUAUGGCUGCGUUUUGCGAACGACCGAACACUAUUAUUGGGAGAACUUCAACUUGUCAGAGCGGAUAUGUCUGUUGUGAUGAAAGCAACGCACCUGCUCAUACUCCUAGACCUAGACCAAGACCUUCUACAACUAGAGCGCCAACGACUACUGUUUCUAUGCCUCCAGAUCCAAGGCCAGAGUGUCCUGGAUCUUGUAUAGUUUCUUAUUUAUCUUUUACAUGCUUCCGAAACGCUGAACUUACCAACAUAUUCAAGUGUAAAAAAUUCGGCCACCAGUGUUGCGCACCAAAAUCACUCAUCCGGGAAUUCCAGCAUGGAAAUUCCAGUGACACUAUUUCAAAUAAAAAUGACAGCUUCAUUGCUUCACGUCCUUACACUUCGACUCUUCCUACUCCAUACGAAACAACAAUGACAACACCAAUGACAACUACCACUCAAAUUCCCAGCACAAAGAGCCCGAUUUACAGUAAAUAUGUCUGCGGAGUAAAAGGAACUUCGCGAGGUCCCAUACAAGCGAGAGGUAUACUCCGAGACGGGCGCGUUGUCGGAGGCGAGGACGCUGAUGCCAAUGAAUGGUGUUGGCAAGUAGCUCUUAUCAAUUCUUUGAAUCAAUAUUUAUGUGGUGGAGCUCUUAUCGGCACACAAUGGGUCCUAACAGCCGCUCACUGUGUCACUAACAUUGUCAGAUCAGGUGAUGCGAUCUACGUGCGCGUUGGAGAUCAUGACUUGACAAGGAAGUAUGGAAGCUCAGCAGCUCAGACUUUGAGAGUAGCUACUACUUAUAUUCACCAUAACCACAACAGUCAAACGCUGGAUAAUGACAUUGCAUUGUUGAAACUUCACGGACAAGCGGAAUUAAAAGAUGGCGUUUGUUUAGUUUGUUUACCUGCCAGAGGGGUCAGUCAUACUGCUGGGAAGAGAUGUACGGUUACUGGAUACGGAUAUAUGGGAGAAGCUGGACCAAUUCCUCUAAAGGUUCGUGAAGCAGAAAUUCCAAUUGUCAGUGACGCAGAGUGCAUUCGUAAAGUAAAUGCAGUAACAGAAAAAAUAUUUAUUCUUCCUGCGAGUAGUUUUUGCGCUGGCGGUGAACUUGGAAACGAUGCAUGCCAGAAUAAUAAAAUUUUUCAGGGUGACGGAGGUGGUCCACUAGUUUGUCAAGACGACGGAUUUUACGAACUAGCUGGUUUAGUCUCCUGGGGAUUUGGAUGUGGCCGAGUAGACGUACCUGGUGUUUACGUGAAAGUAUCUGCUUUCAUCGGUUGGAUCAAUCAAAUAAUAUCCGUUAAUAAUCUUUAGCUUUUUCAUUACCAAUAAUAAUAAUAAAAAUAAUUAAUAAUUAUAAUCAUUAUUAAUUCAUUAAAAAAUAGUAUUUAUUUAGUUGAUUAUUUUCGUUGCAUUUUGACGAUUGUUCAAAAAAAAUUCUUUUUCUUCCCAAACAAUUAUAUUGUCAAAAUGCAACGAAUUGAUUUAUUUUAAUACUUCUA